AUGUGUACUACAUAUAGGCCGGCAACCAGCUUCGACGCGAUAUCCGAUGGUGUCAGCUUUCAUGGAGAAGCAGGGUAUCCAAGCAGCGCAACAUUCUGGCUGCUCAUGCCCACCCUGGCUGCUGUCCUGAUCUUGAGCAGCAUAGACAUGAACAUCGCUACGGCCGUGCCUAGCAUUGGAGACCAUUUUCACACUGUUGUAGAUGUCGGGUGGUAUUCCUCUGCGUUCAGAAUCUGCCAGCGCUCCUUCCAGUUUGUUUUUGGCAAGGGUUACAAGCUGUUCUCUAUCAAAACUGUCUUUUCGUUUGCCAAUGCUAUCUCUAUAGCAGGUUCGCUGCUCUGCGGGCCGGCCAGAACGUCGAUCAUGCUCAUCGUUGUGAGAGCUGUAGCCGGACUAGGAUCCGCCGGUCUUCUUUCAGGGUGCUUCAUUAUCCUCGUGCAAUUAUCGCCUUUACGCAGACAACCUAUGUUCACCGGUGUGAUGGGGGGAGUUGCAAAGCCUCGCUACGCUAUCCGCACCACUCCUCGGUGGAGCUAUUGUGCAGUUAGUUGGCUGGCGAUGGUGUUUUACAUCAACGCACCUCUUGGUGUUGUUGCUCUGGUAUUGAUAAUUGUUAAGACAUCACGUGACUACUAG